AUGACCUCUUUUGAAGAGGCUGAAACUGAAGAAACAGUAACAUGUCUCCACAUGACCUUUUAUCAUCCUUGCCAAAACGACAAGAUGAUGUUUCGUUGCUUGAAUUUCUGUCAGCGAGAACAGGUCAGGGCAGAUGACAUGGCCAAGUUUGGCCGCGAUUCUACUAUCUGCCAUUAUAACUUAAUGGAUACUCGUGUUUCUCGGAUUCAGUUUUCAUUGCAGUUUUACAGAAAACUCAACAGCUCAGAAUUUUGUUUUGAGAUAAAGAACAUGAGCAAGAGAACAAAACUGAUGGUGGACCAAACAGAACUGGGUUACUUAAACAAAAUCGACCUGCCAUGGAAGUGCAUCAUUUGUUUUGGGGACUACCAGAUUUUAGCAGAGAUUCAAGAAGGAGAGUCCGUGGAUUAUUUUGAGACUCACUUACACUUGGCUGAAAGGCCAAUCUUACAAGAAAGAUGCCUGCCAUCGCUGCAGCCUACACCCGAGAAGGGCGUUUCUUCCUUGUUUCUUUCCCAAUGUAAAAGCCCCAUAGAGAUUGAUGAAAACGAGUCGUGCUAG